CUCCAGUCUGGUGCCAGAUUUCAGACGUGCACAUUCUCUUUCGCAGAGUUGAAAAUACCUUCGCGGCUUCCUUGUCGUUCUGUUUUUCCUGGCCCUCCAUUUGAAGUUCCCGAUUUCGUUUCCCUGUGUCUGUGCCGCAGUCCAGACCUACGGCUUGAGCGCCUUCGACUUCAUUUACCACUAAAGAGUCUGCAUUUAAUUAAAGUCUGUAAUAGUGUUUAACUGGAUUUUCACUAAAGGGUGGCUCUUACCCUAAACAGUGUAGUCGUCUCUAUCGUUCCUCCAUUUCCUAAAGGACUAAACCGAAGCGCGCCCGGGGCCAUGCUGGUACCUGCGGUGUGGACCUUCACCGCCACGCACGCUUCGAAAAUUCUUCGCAGACCGCAGAGUCUCAGAUGGGCGCAAUCUUUCGCUGUAUUUUCCGCGGAAAAGGGAUUUUCAUUUCAAGGGGUCGUGGCCGGCCCACUGCGAGACGCAGAAACCUGUUUCCCCGACGCGACUGUCUACCGAUUCCAUUUCGUACGUCUUGGGGUUUUUCCUCAAACGAGAACCACAGAAAGACAACCUGGCAUCUUCAGCCACCUUGCCCUGCACGCAGAGUCCCAGUUACAGUUCCUGGAUCAGGUACGUCUUUUCGCCUUUCAGUGCACGGCGCCUUGUGAAAAACUGACGGAUCUCGAGACAAACGAAAUGCCCACCUGCGGUCUUUCUGCUUGGCCCAGGCAGCCUCCCCGUACCUCAACUGCUGACACGCACGUUAAAUCACGCACAAGCGCAGUUGGAAAAAGAUCCUUCAAAGAAGAAAUCAAAGGGCUGCACUUCAGUCCUAGACCUCCAAGUCACUCGGUCUCUGUUUUUUCUUUUUUCCAUAUGGGCCGCGUUGUGAGAGAACGCUACGUUUCGGUCGGAGAGCGAUUGACCGGGCAUUCGAACUCUUUUUUCUGGAAAAGGCUGCGGAAGAAACUCUCUGCAGACACUAGCGAAAAGGCCUGCGUGGCUCUCGCGCAGCGACACGCAGCGUUGCCUGUCGAAGAAGAGUCUCCUUGGCAUUUCUUGAGCCGCGGAACCGACCUAAAAAGUCGCGAGCAAGUGCCGAGGGGACGAGACUCUCCCCCGAACUGCCUUCCUCCUUCCACAGAAAGAAGCGAAUGCUUCGCCUACCUAGUUUUUCCCUUUCUUUUCAACGACAAAGCUUUUUCUGUCGCGAGGCAUGCACCCCCUCGAACGGUUGUUUUUCUCGCUUUUUGCAUGCAAACGCGCGCAUGCACAUGUCGUUCAAACCUGAAUCCGACGCCUCCUUCCCAGCUCUCUCCUCUCAGAAACGGUAGACAAGGCAUUUCUAUCCCUCGCAAUUCAGAUUUCUCGUGUCACCUGUCUCGACAACUGUUCCUGUCAGCAUUUGCUUUUAUACGCUCUUCGUGCGCUGCCCCCCCCCUCUCCCACUGCAGGCUUCUCCGUUUUUUUCAUCUCUUUUCCACGCUCUUGUUUCCUCCCCGUUUUGGUCCGUUCAGAGCACCGUUCCUCCCUUUUUUCUUCUCUCUUCCGCCUCGCAGAGUCAAUUUAAUCAGCAAAACGCUUCCGGAAAAUCUGGACACCCAGCGUCUCGUAGAAUGCAAUCCCCUCUUCGACGAGGGCACCGAAGACCCCUCGUCUCCAGUGGAAAUCGCAGUGCCGCUGAAAAGGCGUAAACUCGCCUCUUCCUCUCGAGAUCUCCACCCCUCCGAACUUCAAACCAAAACUUCUCGUUCUCCCUCCCCUUCUGCUUCUUUUUCUUCUUCUUCUCCCUCUUCUUCUUCCUCUUCUUCUCCCUCUUCUUCGUCUGCGUCUUCCGCUCUCUCGCCGUCUGCAGUUGGGCUGGUGGAAGAAGGCAUGUUUGUCGUUUUGAUUUGCUCUCUCGGCCGGCGUUUCGUUGUGAGAGUCCCGCGAUGCUCGGAGACAGGAGACCGCGAGGAAGAGGAGAACGGCGACGCCGUUGCAGCGGCCUCUCGCACGUCGAGGAGAGAGACAGAGCGUGAGUCGCGCGGCUCGUCGUCAGGGGCGUGGAGUUCCUCGGCGUCUCCGUUCGACUUUCCGCCUUCGCUGCUUCCUGGUCAUGCAUUUUUCUCCUCUUUUCUCUGCUGUCGAGGCGUCUGGCGGCUGGACGACUCGCCAGCAUGCGUCGACGAGCUUCUCGCGCAGGCGCAGAGAGACGGCGACUCCGAGGAAGGAGGAAGUCGAGAAGGAAAGAGCCCAAGCGCGUAUCGAACAGCCUUUGACCUGCACGAAGAAGUGGAAGGCGACAAUCGAGACAUCGCAGAUAGCAACGACGCCCAGCAGCUGACAGCUGGGAAAAUCGAGUGCCUUCGAGAAGAAGGCAUGCGCGGCGAGGAGGUGAUUCGUCUGCUGAUGGCCAACAGUUCGACUUUUGAGAAAAAGACGAAAUUCGCUCAAGAGAAGUACAUCCGGAAGAAGAUGGCCAGACACCUGAAGAGGGUCACCGUGCUUCCCGCAACUCUUCGCGAAGUAUGCGAGGCCUACUACGCCACUGACGCCGCAAAAAUUGCGCACCUGCGAAUGGACUAUCUGAGUUCGGUGUUGAUCAACGCAAACAUCAAAUGCGGGGACAGAGUGCUGGUCUUCGAUCAUGCCAUGGGUCUGCUCACGGGCGCUGUCGCUCUUCAGCUCAGCGGUGUGGGCCGCGUCUGGCGGCUGGUGGACCGAGGCAGCAGCGACAAAAUCGAAGCGGAACUGAAUCUCUCGCCCUCCGUUCGCCGAACCAUCUUCAACGUUCCUCUCGCCAACGCUGAGUCUUGGCCGACGAAGCGCCGGGAGCUUCUGGCUGCCUCUGAAAAUCGGCCGACGCAAGCGUCCGUGCUUGAAGCGCAAGUCGACGCCUCCUCUCCUGUCAACUCUUCUUCAGCAGCUUCGCUCUCGCCUUCCUCUUCUUCGUCAUCUUCUCCUUCUGCUUCUGCGUCUCCUGUUCUGUCUUCGAAUCGCUUUUUCUGCGAGAUGGAGCAGAUGCACAGCGCGGGAGUGGAUAGCGUGAUUUACGUUUUGGGUCUGAAGAAACUCAUCAAGGCAACGCCCGCAGACGCUCUGCCUUCCCUCCGACAGCUUGCGCACAGACUUCUGCUCCUCGCCUUUCGUCUCCUGAAAUCGGGGGGACGGCUGGUCGUCUUCUGUCACAACUGGGAAAUAGCUUCUGCCCUCCAUGCAGCCGCUGGCGCCUCUCGCGAAUUUUUCCACGUCCAAAUGCAGGAGUUCAUGCUCAGAGAACAGCAAAUUCUCCCGCGACGCACCCACCCGGUGAUGAACUCUUCGCUUCCGCUCUUCAGCGGCUUCGUCGUCUCGGCCAUUCGCAUGCAGCCUGACAAGUGAUUCUGAAAAGCAUGUGGAAAACCAAACUUGAGAAACCCGCGCGGAAGCCUCUCCCUCUGUCUACCAAUUUACAUUUAUAUAUUAUAUAUAUUAUAUAUAUAUAUAUAUAUGUAUAUAUAUGUAUAUUAUUUGUGAAUAAGUAUUUCUGCCUGCAUGUGUGGGCAUGUUUACCCUUUCGAUAUACCGAGACGUGAAGACAUCAGGGUGUGGAUGUUCCGUCUCUUCGGCGUUCUCUGUGCGCCUGGCACACCGUGGACCUUGGGGACCGCGGAUGUCGCUUCGGUCGAGUGUAGAUCUCUGGUUGUUGUUCUGUGUUGUGCGUUGUUCCCGAAUCUAUACGUUUUUUAGAUGCAUGCAAAAUCGGCGGUGUUUUCGGCUGCGUUCACCUCCGCCUUUGGUCGCCAAUGAUCUGUUCCCCUUUCUGACGUUUCCCUGUGCGGGCCUGUCUGAGGUGUUGCGUGAGGUUUCCUCGACUUCUUCAACAUUUCUUUUUGCAAAGAACCCUCUCCACAUCUUCUCGCCGCUGUUUCGAGAAGCACGCGUUUCACGGGCAGGCUUGAAGUUCCAUCCUGAAAAAUUUUCAUCCUCUUUGUGUGUAUGUUGCCUAUUUGCACGUAUGCAUUUGCCAUAUACUUCUCUCUCUCGUUGCGCAUGGACGUUCGUCUUCGUGUGUCUCGACAUGUCUCUGCUUGUAAGGCCGUCCGCGGUGCUUCCACGCGGUCGGGGCCGUUCCGACUUUUUUUUGGAAUCUUUGUCGGGAGCGACACUUUGUUCCACG